CAUGGCGGAGGCAGGAAAAGUGCCCUUGAGCCUCGGGCUUACCGGAGGAGAAGCGGCAGAGUGGCCUUUGCAGCGGUACGCCCGCUGCAUACCCUCAAACACCAGAGACCCACCUGGGCCAUGCCUGGAAGCUGGGACAGCCCCCUGCCCCACAUGGAAGGUUUUUGAUUCCAAUGAAGAAUCUGGAUAUCUUCUUCUCACCAUAGUUAUAUCAGGUCAUUUCUUCAUUUUCCAAGGACAGACACUACUGGAAGGGUUUUCACUCAUUGGUAGCAAGGACUGGUUGAAGAUUGUAAGACGCGUGGAUUGUCUGUUGUUUGGAACAACGAUAAAGGACAAGAGUCGCCUGUUUCGAGUACAGUUCAGUGGAGAGUCAAAGGAGCAGGCGCUGGAACACUGCUGCAGUUGUGUUCAAAAGCUGGCGCAAUACAUAACCGUUCAGGUGCCUGAUGGAAACAUCCAGGAGCUUCAGCUGAUUCCUGGCCCACCCAGGGCAAGUGAAAGUCAAGAGAAGGAUUCUGCAAAGAGUGUCCCACGGCAGCCUGGAUCCCACCAGCACUCAGAACAGCAAGUGUGUGUAACAGCGGGCACAGGCGCUCCAGACGGAAGGACCUCACUGACGCAGUUAGCUCAGAGUUCCUGGAGAAACAGCAGUUCUGUACUUGCACACUAAAGCAUGCCAUCCACAGAAAGAACGAAGCCACCUACCUCACAGAGUUAAUGUGGGGAGUCAGUAAGAUGACCGAGUCAGUGCACCAAAGUGGACCACACAGAACUGGAGCCCAUCAUCCUCAUGGGGGACUGUGGAUCCAGUGCUGCCAGAUCUUCCAAAUUGUCAAGAUUUUUAUUUGAACUCUCCUAAUAUUUAAAUGUUGACAACUUAUUCAACUGGUUUUAAAACACUGCAGGUUACCAAAGAAAACAUACAGAUGACAAAUAAGCAUGUGAAAAGAUGCUCAACAUUAUUAGUCAUUAGGCAAAUGCAAAUUAAGACCACAAUGAGACAUCCUGCAAACUUAUUAGAAUGCCUAAAUUAAAAACAAAAACAAAAACUGACAAUACCAAACCCUGGAUGGGUGAGCAACUAAAACUCUCAUCUACACUGCUAGUGGAAUGUAAAUGGGACAGCCACUAUAGAUGACAGUUUGGCAGUUUCUUACAAAAUUAAAUAUACACUCACCACGACUCAAUCCCACGUAUUUACUGAAGUGAAAUGAAAACCUGUGUUCACACAAAAACCUGUAAGGGAAUGUUUAUAGCAUCUUUAUUCGUAAUUGCAAAAAAUAAAACCCAAAUGUCCUUCAACUGGAGAAUAGGUAACCAAACUGUGGCACAUCCAUGCAAUGUAAUACUUAUUCAGCAAUAAAAAUGAACUACUGCUAUACUCAACAUCAUGGAUUAAUCCCAAAUGUAUUCAUUAUGCUAAGUGUAAGAAGCCAGAUUCAACAGCGUAUUAUGAUUUCAUUUAUAUGACAUUCUGAAAAAGGCAAAACUAUAUGGAGAAGAGAUCAGUAGUUACUAAAGGUUUGGCGGUAAUGGUUAGCACAAGGGUCACAUAAGGGAAUUUUUUUGGGAAGUGAAAGAAAUGUUCUGUAUUUUGAUUGUGGUGACAGUUACGUGACUAUUUGUCAAAACUCACAGAUGGCCAGAAAAAGACGCAUGUGAACUAAUGUCCUUUGGGCAGUCUGUGGCCUCUUUCUUACAUUCAGAAUGCAGCUAGCACAUAGUAGGCUGCUCACAUCCACUCUGCCACCUAUGCUAUGGGGAAGAUGAACUAAGCUAGUGGAGCUCAUUCAUUGAUAGGUUUGUUUUCAAUCCACAGGUUAUCAGCACAGUAUUCUUCAUUAAAGUAGAAUCUCAACUUUGCAAACAUUUCAUCAGUACAUCUGAAAUUCUUUCCUUAGAGCAACAAGAUUAUCUCACGUGCUAUGUAUAUUCAGAAAACAUAUUAAUAUACAAAAUUGUAAAUGUAACAGUAAAACUAUGUAAAGGAAGCCUGUAAAGCUAAUUAACACCAAUUUUUUUGGUGUGUAUUUCGCUAAUCUUUCCUUAAAGCACUAUUUGCCUGUGUUCGAUUAGCCAGGUAUUGCUUUUACCUGUAAUCUGUAACGACUUUUCUGGUAUCCCUGCAGACUCUUCUGGCCUCGGAGGAGCUGCCCCGUGUCUAUGAACAAUCUGCAUGGGGUGCAGAAGAGUUAGGCCCCUUCCUACGUUUGUGCCUUAUGGAUCAGAAUUUCCCAGCAUUUGUGGAAGAGGUAGAAAAGGAACUUAAAAAGCUGGCGGGUUUGAGAAAUUAAUGCUCUAUAUACAUAUAUAACUAAGGAACUUCAAAGUAUUGAAAAUGUUUCCUCCUAAAAUUAAAGAAGAUAUUAGAAUAAAGAGUAUUAUCC